GGUGUGUGUGUGUGUGUGUGUGAGCACCGUGCCGUCGCCUCCCACAGCGCUUCAUCUGUAAAGUCACUGUAUCUUUCUCUCUCUCUAUUUCUCUCAUACACACACGCGCGCGCGCCGCGGCAGCAUGACCGGCGGUCCUAAAGACGGAGAAUCCGAGGAAUACGUUCACUCACCGUUCAUCAGGAAACAGGGGAACAUAUACAAGCCAAACAACAAAGAUAUGGAUAGCGACAGCAUCAACGAGAAGACCUUGCAGGAUCUGCACACCAAGGAGAUAGACCUGGUCAACCGGGACCCAAAGCAUUUAAACGACCAUGUAGUUAAGGUGGACUUCGAGGAUGUGAUCGCUGAGCCUGCAGGCACCUACAGCUUCGACGGCGUGUGGAAAGCCAGCUUCACCACGUUCACGGUCAGCAAGUACUGGUUCUACCGGCUGCUGACGGCGCUGGUGGGCAUCCCGCUGGCGCUGAUCUGGGGCCUCUUCUUCGCCAUCCUGUCCUUCUUGCACAUCUGGGCGGUGGUGCCGUGCGUGAAGAGCUACAUGAUCGAGAUCCACUGCAUCAGCCAGGUCUACUCCAUCUGCGUGCACACCUUCUGCGAUCCUCUGUUCGAAGCCGUGGGGAAGUGCUUCAGCAACAUCCGCAUCACCAGCACGAAGGUGGUGUAGAAGCGCAGGAAGUGAAGGAAGAAAUAAGGCCUGGGGGGUGGUGGGUGGAGGGGGAAUAAAAGAUUAAAAAGGAGAGGGAGAGAGAGAGUGAAAUAAAGGCCCUUCAUGUUGAAGAGGUUGACGUGAAAAGAAUAGAGAGGCUUUCCAGUCUCAGAUUUGUGAUCUGCGUCUCCCUUCAGUCUGGGCUUCUCUACGGAUCUAUGAAAUAUUAGGGAUUUUAUUUUUCGUUUGUCAUUUGUUAGCGUUUAUCACAAAACAAGCAGCAGAUCAGCCUUGCAUUCUUAUUCCGCUUCCUGGGACAAGGCUGUGAAUCUCUACUAUUUUUUUUUUUGCUUUUGUCCCUCUUCACUCAUGCUUGAAUCCACAUUUAUUUCAUCAUCUAUGUUCCCCACCUCCCCCUGUUUUUUGUUUUUUUUAAUUGUAACUAAAACUUAACAUUUAUUGUUUUCAUUCUUCAUAAAUUCCUUGUGAAAGUAACUAAGUUUCGAAAAUAUUGAAUUGAAAGAAGGACAGACUAUAAAGCCCCUCCCCAUCAAUCUAAUGAACAGAUUAUGGCACACACACUCAAAUCAAUUACAAAAGAAAAGUCUGGUGAACUCAUUAUAGAUGUCACUUGGUUCGGCGUCACGUGAAUAAAGUAAAUCGGAGGCUUUUUAUUUUUUUUAAACAAAUAAACAAAAUGAAGACAUCGUAUGUAAUUUAGACACCCGUAAAAAAAAAAAAAAAUGAACGCCGUGUACAGGAUCACCGAGACCUCAUGCGUUUCUACACAAAAUUUCUGUGUUAAUUGAUUUGUUUGCUUUGUUUUUUCUCUUUCGUUUUACCGUGGCCUCUCCGGGGCUCCGUGUGCUUCUUUUUGUAAUAAUAAAAUGAUAAAGUGGGCGUGUUCCUGCUGAUUUUUCGAGACUGCCCAUGACACUGCAUGCCGCCGUUGCUGUACCACGGUCCAAACACGAGGUCAAAUGACUUUCAGCUGACUUCAGCAUAAAGCUAACACGAGACAGAGAGAGAGAGAGAGAGAGAGAGGGAGAGAGAGAGAGAGAGACUGUACCUGCUUUCGCACCAUGCGCAAUCCUUUAACCAGCUUUUUUUUUUCCUUCUUCUUCUUCAUUUGAGCGACGUUACAGCUUCUACACCUUAAUAGAACCUUAGAAGCUCUUUAGCGUCAGUGAAGCCCGAGCUUUUAGCGCCAAGACACUGCUUUAGCAAACGUCCACUAUAUGAACAUGAAGUACUUCUUUUUAUUUUGUUUAUGUUUUUUUUUUUUUUCCAGAUAUUGUUCAUAACUCAUCUGUCAUUCAGCUGAGGUGCAUUGCGUCAUGACAUAGGUUUUAUGUCUGUAUUUGUUUGUGCAAAGAAAAAAAAAAAUAUUAAUAAUAAGUGCCUGGAAAAAAGAAAAAUAAGAUAUCGAAUUCUUGUUUUUUUUAUUUUUUUAUUUUUUAUUUUACACACUGGCAAAAGACUGCUCAAGCUGAAAGCUCUCUGCCCCUUGGACUCCUGAAGAAACCGGGGCGCUGAUUCUCUUCUUUUCUCCCGCCAUCGAGUUCACUUUUUUUCCCCCCCUUUUGUUUCGACUCGGUCGCUUUACUGUCUACCUGCUGUCUCUGAAGAUGGGAAAAUUAUGUGAUGAAAUGAGCUUCUUGCUAUGGGAGAGCUGUAUUUUUUAUUUUUAUUUUUUUUUACAUACCUUCCCUGCUUUUUACUGUAAACAUCACGCCGUGCACAUUAAAAACAAUCAAACGAAA